UCAUAUAAACGCAAACCCCUAGCUGCAGAAUCCCAAAGCUAUCACACACUCAUCUUCUGCAGCUCUCCUUUUACAACCUUUUCAAACCGUGGAUCCCAUCACAGCCUGUCUAAAGCUCCAAAAAGGCGCAUCGUCAAUUUUUCUUCGAUAUCUGAAAAAGUCCCAGGUUGCAUAAUUCGUGGAGUAAAUCCCGGCCCACUAAUGUUACAUCACCUUUCCUUCUCCUCCAGCUAGCUGCUGCUUCUUCUUCCUGUUCUUCACUCUCUUACUCUGUUCACACAAAAAUGAGGCCUCUCUCAAAACCAGUCACCAUCAUCAACUUCAUAGUAGUACUCCUCUCACAGCUUCCUACCCUAACUCUCUCCCAAUGCCGCGACUCCUGCGGUGACAUCCCCAUAAAGUACCCUUUUGCCCUCGAUGAUGGCUGCGGCGCCCCGCAGUUCCGCCGCAUGCUCAAUUGCUCCACCGACCUCUUCUUCCUCACCCCGUCCGGCUCCUACAAAGUCGAGUCCAUCAAUUACGACAAGAAAACCAUCGUCGUUUACGACCCGGCCAUGUCCACCUGCUCCAUCCUCCAGCCCCACCACGACUUCCUCAUGACCGAUAUCCAGUCGGCCCUAAUUCCCCCGACCUCUGACACCGUCUUUGCCCUCCUCAACUGCUCUAUUGACUCCCCUGUCCUCAACCACUACAGUUACCUCUGCUUCAACUUCUCUUCUCACUCCUGCGACGAGCUCUACGGCUCGUGCAACGCGUUUAGGGUUUUCCACAUGGUUGCCAACACUACUUCGCCGCCUUGCUGCUUUACAGGUUACGACACCGUUAAGUUCAUGAGCAUGAACAUCUUGGACUGCACGCAUUACACCACGGUGACGAACACGGAUGAGUUGAGGGGGAUUGGACCGCAGGAUUGGGUUUAUGGGAUCAAGAUGACCUUUGCCGUGCCGGAUUCCGGUUGCAACAGGUGUGCGAUGUCCGGUGGCACGUGCGGGUUUGAUACAGAGACCGAAGGGGCACUGUGUCUUUGCUCGAGUUCGUCGAAUUAUACUAGAGAAUGUGCUGUAGGCAGUGUCACGGCGGGAGUGAACAACUGUGCAACCAGCAGCAUAUUCUUGCAAUCAAUUUUUGUGAUCGUGUUGAUCCAUAAUUUAUUCAACCUAGUAUUUUUGUCAAAUUAAGUUGUUCUCAACUGUGGUUUAGUGAUUGCCCCCCUAAAUUAGUGAAUUGAUUGUUCAAAAUUAAACCCAUGUUCUAACUGUUGUGAGAGCAUCUGCCAUGGUAAGGUAAAUCCCUACUGAAUAUGGCUUUCCAAAAAGGGAAUAUACCAGGAAUAUUCUAA